AUGACAUUGAAUUCCACACAGUUUGUCUCUUGCCGAAAAUGCAGAGAAGGAAACACGGAUUAUUAUAGACUAGGUGUCAGAAGUGAGGUCAACAGCGAACACCACCUUUUCCAUGCUCAUCGCGAUGAUACAUUACAAUCGAUCUUGAUUCGUCUGUGUGAGCAGUACCCAAAGGAAUGGUCAAAAGGAAUUGUCUACUAUUUCUAUGUUGAUUUCGGUGGAAGUUACUAUGCGGCUGAAGAAUCUAUCUGGUUACGUGACAGAGACCAAAUUCUGGUUUCUACUUAUGAAGACAGUGAUCUGAUCCCAAACAUUAGCAUGAAUGCAGUUCACGCCAGUUUUCGGAAUGAAGUAUCCCUCUUACCACACCAAGAAGAGGGUGUACAGACAAUGGUUCAAAUGGAAAGAGCACAGAGAGGUGGUAUUCUUGCAGAUGACAUGGGAUUAGGAAAAACAGUUCAGAUUCUGGCGUUAGUUAUGCGACAACAGCCGAAGCUUGCUGUUCGAUCGUGUACAUUGGUGGUUGUACCUACCCGUGGUGUUGCUGACCAUUGGAAAGCAGAAAUAAGAAAAAUGACAACUUACGGAAGUCUGCCAUAUUUCUUUUAUCAAAACGAGACAGCGCCUCUAUUGGAUCAAAAUUGUUUCCGUAUUGUUAUUGCAACCUAUGAUCGCUUGCGUGCCGAAUACACAAAACAAAAAAUGAAAGGAGUACCGUCUCCCUUGCUCGACUCUGAUUGGCACCGUGUCGUACUAGACGAAUCGCACAAAAUCCGAACUGCAUCUUCACAAGUAACAUUAGCUACCCAAGAACUGUCCGCAAAAUAUCGCUGGUGUCUUACUGGAACCCCACUCCAAAAUAAUAUCUCAGAGUUACAUCCAAUCUUCUCGUUCUUAGGAAUACCAAUGGAAGUCAAAGAAAAGAAACAGGUGGAGUAUAUGGCUCGUCUUCUCAAAAAGCACAUGAUCCGUCGAACAAAGCCAAUGCUUGAAGCGGCCCUAACUAUCUUACCCCGAGAUGAAAUCCGCAUCACACUUGAAUUCUCAAAACCCGAAAGAGCUUUGUAUGAUUAUCUUGAGCAGAAUGCAUACCGAGAAUACGUUCGCAUGAACUCAUUAGGACAAAGAGAAAAUGCAAGCGCAAAUGCCGCUGUACUGUAUCUUCGCCUCAAACAAUACAAAUUCGAAGAUUUGAUUUCAAUGGCAAGCUCUGAGGAUCCUCAACAGUUUACAGCUGCCUUGUGCGCUACGGAAGAUCAAGAUGUCAAUCAAGCACAAGGGAAAGAGACUACCAACGAAGCAGAAUAUGUUUUUGAUAUUAUUGAAAGCUAUUACGAUCAGUUCGGGCUCCCAGAAAAUAAGCCUGAUGUGGAAUCUCUUCAGAACCUGGCCUUUAUCGAGAAUUCUACAAAAACCGUCUGGUUGCUCGAUUUUCUGAACAAAACACUGAAAGCCAGUGCGACGGACAAGAUCGUAGUUGUUAGUCAGUUUGUAAACGUUUUGGAUAUCAUUGUUCAAGUUUUAAAAUCGCGUAACUUGAAACAUGUUACAUAUAAUGGUGAAAUGUCAAAUCAUGACAGAGAGGAUGGCCUAAGACAAUUCAAUUCACACCCUGAUGUACGAAUUAUGGUUCUAUCCCUCAAAGCGGGUGGGCUUGGAUUAAAUCUGCAGCGAGCAAACCAUAUGGUUAUUAUGGACCGAUGGUAUAACUCAGCUACUAUGGACCAAGUUAUUUCUCGAAUACAUCGAAUGACACAAACAAAGCAAACAUACAUUUAUACUGUAGUAAUUAAAGACACGAUUGAAGAGAACUUGAUGGAUGGUAUACUGGAAAAGAAGAGCAAACUUUUCAGUGCAGUAGUAGACAGUCGUGAUGAAGAUAUAGAUGAUGGUUAUUAUCCAAUGGAUGAAGAUGUAUAAAACAAAAUACGAAUUAUAGGUUAUAGUCGUACAUAUUGGUGUAGGAAAGAUUUCAGCUUAUAUUAUUACUUUAGGGGCAUCAAAAAUCUGAAGGCCUAGUAAAUAUAUUUCUAAUAUAUAGUAUUGGAUCAUUUGAGUAAUAAACUAGUAUUUAUUUGU